GACAUCGCAGCGGGCGCGGAUGAAAAAACAUGGCAAGCGCAAGGUGCAUCUUCUGGUAGUAGUUGGUGCGACCUCCGGGACAACAGAGCAUUCGUGCCACAGCAGGACGCGGUACAUGGUGUCACCCGUGAAUGCGACCCACCGCCGUCACCCCAUGGCGUACACCAGCAGGACGCAGUACAUGGCGUCACCCGUGAAUCGCUGCGAAAUCUUUGCUCCGCGUGUGACCGGCAAGACAAGCAUUACAAAGAUGCCACGAAAAACGGGCCGAACUCACCGGGGGCUGUGCAUGCGCAUCCACCACCACCAGAGCAGGAGAAGGCAUCGUCCACUUGUCGCGCUUUUGAGUCGCGUGCUCAUCAAGAACGGGGAGGGAUGAUCAGUGCGGGUGUAGCUAGUGAAGAAACGCCGGAACUACAACACUUCGGCACCACCCGCAGCACUUCUAGAUCUUGUCCACAACUUCAAGGCUGCAGGGAAGGCACGACAUCCGCAGCCGUGGCGGCGCCACAAAAGAAUUGCCCCUCCGAUGCUUCUCUAGCCUCUGACGGCCUGUUAGGUUGCGGUGGUGUUGUCCAACCUGAUAUUCGGCGGGGCGCAGCGGCCGAAGCCGGCAGUGCGAACGCUGUAGUGUCGCUUGCUUCGUUUGAUGACGCGAACGCGGAGACGGACGUGGAAUGUUGUCCGGGCCAGGUUCCCUGCUACAACCAUCUGGGACAGCUGGAUCGGCCUUUUCAGCCUGCGGCAACGGGACGGUACGACGAUCCCUUGGCAGAGGUUGGAAAGUUAAAGUCAGACGAGGCGAAGCUGCUGAUGCAGCUGAAGCAGCUGAACCUGAAGGACAAGCAGCUGAAGAUGCAGCAGUCAGACGAGGCGAAGCAGCUGAUGCAAAGUCUUUACGAAGCAGCUGAUGCAGAGGAUGGCCGUUUGGUUCGCAACGUCGCAAGCGCGCUGCAGAAGAUCACCCUGCCCAUGGAAAUGCAGGACUCGCUAACGCUGGACUUGAUUCAGCCGGACCUUUAUUGGCGCAACGUUAGUUACUACACCGAAACUCAUGACCCGAAGCACGGCAUUUAUCGCAGGCCGAAAUAUUGCGAGGACAAGCGACUCAACAUGUUUUACUUAACGAGCCCGACGUCGAUGCCUCUGAGCGAGUAUUUUGCGCGGUUCCACAAUUACUUCGACGCGAGUGCGGAAAGCUACGUUAUCGCGUACAUCUAUCUUGACCGACUGCGGGCGUCGCUGACGAGCGUCGACCCUCCCGGAAAACAUCGGAGCCACCGCCUGAACAAUGCAAACAUCUACCGUUUUUGGCUUGCCGCAAUCACACUGGCUUCGAAGUAUUGGGACGACCGAUUCAACUCCAACAAACGAUAUGCCUUAAUCGGGGGAGUGCCGUUGAAAGAGUUAAACAAAUUGGAGUGGGCCUUUUUUUCCCUGCUAGAUUUUAACAUCUGUGUUUCAGUUCCUGAAUUCCAGCACUACAAGCGGGCUUUCCUAAAAAUGGAUACCAACGAAGCCGCUGCUCUUCAGGCCCUGCACAGAGUAGAGGGUCUGCAACCGCUGGAUUUCCCCGCACUUGAUCCCGGGACAGAUUCGAGAUUUGCAGCGGAGCGAUACUUAGUGCGAAAUCUCCGAGAAAAAAACAAAAACCGAAAAGACCAGCCGCCGGGUGCUCGAUACAUUCAGUCAGUUGAAGAUAUUGAGUUUAUUUCAUCUGGUGAAGAUGAACGGAACGGGAACCACGUGGAGCAGGAGGAGCAGGGGGUAGGAACAAGAUUGCGGCAGGCCCAGGCAACAGGCUCGCUAGGCGACUGGCGGAGUCGCGAUGACCGGCAGCAUGAAGGACAAGGACCACUGUGCGGAACUUCGUGCAGCGCGACUGCAUCGGGGACGUUAGCCUGGUCGGCCCCAUCUUCAUCUUCUACGCCAGAACCGAGCCGCACCAUUCAAUCUAAGCGAUGGCAGGCCAAACCGAGUCUGGAACUAGUAGACGACGCACAACACCCCGUGGGGCGCAGACUAUCACCACGACCACCCGCAGUAGAUAAAAGACGUUCGCGACCGGGUACGCUGCAUCGCUACCGCGGCACCAAGGGGCCUCGUACCGGCGACAUGCGCGUGAUUCAAAACGCAAGCACCUCAACCGGGCCAGAUUCGGCUUCAGACGAGAGGUCCGAUACCAAUUCCAGAUCCAGAAGGAUCAACUACUCGAGUUCCGGUUCGACGCAAUCUCUGCCCCCGGGAGUGUUCCCACUGACGCUGAAGAACUUGAAGGAACACACACGCCUCCUGUUCGAGCACGCAUUCCGAAAGGGGCCGCAUGAGGGAGAAGAUGACAAUACUCGUGCGGUACUACACGACCGUUGUGGUAGCGGUUCGGCGAUAGCGAAAAGCAAAAGAUCGCGCAAGGGCAAACUGUAUGCGAUCUACCGACACAAAGACGACGGAGCCUGGUCGUGGUCUCCCGACUGCCUGGUUGGGAGUGACCUUGAAGGCGCUGCGGUGAUUGUCGGCAGACGAACGCGAACUGAUUCCUCGCGAGAGUCUUCUGCGCACCGUCUGGGCUUCUGCAUGCCGCAAACGAGCGACGACUACAGCAACCGACCGACGGAUGUGUGA